GCGCGCUUUGCUUAUUGCAUCCCUUUUUGCGGUUAGCCGUCUUUUUUCCACUUUUUUUGUGCGACUGAGCGGUGUUGAUGUGUCGCAAAAAUAGAAGUUUUCGAAAGAGCUAGAACUCUAGAAGCAAAUUGCGAGUAUAAUCUUGUCUAGUGUCUAAUAUAAUUGUUUAAAAAUGAUUCGAUCGGGUAGUGUUGAGCGAUUAAUGAGAGAAGAAACUGCUGAAAUUGCAGGCCUUAAUGUGAAAAUGGUUCCCGACAAAGUUUUGGUAAAUUGUUAUAAUCGAGGCUGCGGGCAGAAGUUCGAUCCUGAUAACAAUGGAGCGGAUGCUUGUCUUCACCAUCCGGGUGAGCCAGUCUUUCACGACGCGUAUAAAUAUUUCUCCUGUUGCAACAAAAAGUGCACGGAUUUUACGGAAUUUCUGAACACCAAGGGCUGCACAAAGUCUUGUCAUUCGGAUGUGAAACCACCAGAACCUGAGAAGCCAUUAGUGGACAAAUCCAAGGCCCACGAAGUGAUAGAAGUCCGUAGCGAAAUUACCACGAGUCCCACCUUACAGAGACCUCCCUUCGAUACUCCAUGUGAAACUCUAAAACCCACCGUCUCUCCUGCACUUUUAGAACAAAUAAAAGGACUAAAAACUUCCUCAGAAUCAGAGAUAAAUUCUUCGCAAGUAGUGAUUGGCGAAAGUUGCAAAAAUAAGUCUUGCAAAGCUAUUUACAAAGGUCCGGAGUCCAAUAAUGAAAUUUGCCUUCAUCAUCCGGGCGUGCCGAUCUUUCACGAGGGGAUGAAAUUUUGGUCUUGCUGCCAAAAGAGAACUACUGACUUUAAUGCAUUUUUGGAACAGGUUGGAUGCGCUGAAGGAGAGCAUGUGUGGAUUGCGCAGAAUACGGAUAAGAAUGUAAAAUGCAGAUUGGACUGGCAUCAAACAGGAACCUUCGUUUAUAUUUCGAUUUACGCCAAGAAAUACGAUCCUAAUCAAUCUUCAGUGAAAUUGAAUCCUAUUCGUUUGAUGGUUGAUUUGUACUUUCCAGAAGAGAGUUCUAGGUACAAUCUCGACAGCGAAUUGAGAGGGAUCGUAGACAUUGAGCAAAGUGCUGUUAGUAUGCUACCCACAAAAUUAGAGAUUAAAUUGAGGAAAAAGGAGCCUGGUUCUUGGGCACAAUUGGACUUUCCCCGAAAGCAGACACCACAAUCAGAUGAAUCUGAAGAAACAGAUAGCGGCAGUAUUAGCGCACGAGUAGACGCGGUGGACCUUAGUGAUCUUUAAUUACAAUAGUUCAUUUUUUAUUUAUCAUCUGAUUAUUUUCAAAACUGUACACGUGAAAGCUUUUCUUUUUAUCAGCUUUCUAUUCAGACUUUUAACAUUUUGAGAAUACAUUUUAUUCCUGAUCUGCAGUUUACCCAUUUUUUCUAUGGAAAAAUAACGCACAUUCAACUCUUUGUAAUUAACCAAAAUAAAUAUUAAUGAAUUAAGUUUUAAUAAUCAUAAUCAUCUUUUUUUAUUGAAAAUUCGAAAAUUUGAUUUAAAAUUCAUUUUGGUAGGCUGA